AUGAGGAAAGAAUUUAGGGAAGCAAUAAUAGAGGAGGUGGAUGAUAGUAGAGACUUACCUGAAGGUUCCAUCGAUAUAAGAAUGGAGGAGGAGGUUGGUGAUGUUCCACACGAUAGGGGGGAUGAUGAUGAAGAUGCAAUAUUGGAUGAUGAACUUCUAAGUGGUCCCGAUAUUGAUGAUUUUGAAGAAACUAAUAGCACAAUUGGACAAAUGGUUAAUAGGUAUGAUCCUAUGUGUGACCAUAAUGAGAAUAUGUUUAGUCUAGGCAUGAGAUUUGAAUCUCAUGAACAGUUCAAGAAUGCUGUGCGAAAAUAUGCUGUGAUUAAUGGAUUUAACAUUUUUUGGCCAAGGAGUCAAAAGAAAAGAAUGGAAGCAAAGUGUGCAAGUGGCUGUGGUUGGAGGUUGUAUGGUAGUUGGGUUCAAGCUGAGAAAACUUUUGUAAUAAAGAGAGUUGGAAGUCUGCAUAGCUGCAAUAGAAGCCUCACAAACAGGCAAGCCACUUCUACAUGGCUUGCUCGAGAGUACAUGCCUAAGAUUAGAGCCAGACUCACUUAUUCAGCUACUGAAAUGCAAACAGAUGCAAGAGAAAGGUUUGCCCUGAUCCUUAACAAAAAAAAAUGCUAUAGAGCCAUAUGGACAGCCCUUAGUCAUAUAAGAGGGCCUAUAGGAAAGCAAUAUGAUAUGCUAAGAUCUUAUUUGGAGGAGCUCAAGAGAGUUAGCAAAAAUGGAACAUUCAUGAUGGAGGUCAACCCAGCAACCAAAGUAUUUGAGAGGUUUUAUGUAGGCUUUGAUGAGUUGAAAAAUGGGUUUUUAGCAGGAUGUAGGCGCGUCAUAGGCUUGGAUGGGUGCUUCCUUAAGACCGGAUUGAGAGGUAUGUUAUUAUGUGCUAUUGGACGAGAUGGAAACAAUCAAAUGUUUCCAAUAGCUUGGGCAAUUGUGGAAGUUGAGUCCGAGGCAUCAUGGACUUGGUUUCUCACUCGGGAUUAA